UCAACAAAAAUAAAUCUGGGUAUCUCCCCGAAAAAACACCACGUGGACGAAAGUAGCGAAAAGUAUAUAAAGUCUCGUCCGUAUGACAAUGGCACAGAAUCCCGAGACCCUCAGCAUCCAACAAGCUGAUCGAGCUUAUGGCACUAAGAAGAUUGCAAUAUGAGUACAAUAAACUUGUCACCAACUCAAAAACAGAAUUUCCGAGAGUGAAACCAAUAAACGACGAGAAUUUAUUUGAAUGGAGAGCGGAAAUUGAGGGACCAGUCGGUACACCAUAUGAGGGUGGAAUAUUCAAAAUUUUUAUAACAUAUCCAACCGACUAUCCGUUCAAACCACCAAAACUUCACUUUGAAACCAAAAUAUAUCAUCCUAAUAUCAGUGAAAAAGGAUUUGUUUGCGUCGAUAUCCUCCAAAAACAGUGGUCACCAGCUCUGACAACAUCGAAAAUAUUGCUAUCUAUUACUUCGCUACUCGCAACUCCUAAUCCCGAUGAUCCAAUGAAUAGUGAUGCUGCUAGACUAUAUCUUCAAGACAGACGAAAAUAUUACGAAAGAGCAAAAUUGUGGACCAGUCAACAAGCGAUGUAAUACUUUCUGCUGCAAAUACAAUGAUCAAACAAAUCGGGCAUUACUCGAUUAUAGAACUGUUGUGAUAUUCAUAUUUCUUUUUUAUAUAAAUAUGUACGUGGGUUCAAAUGUACGGUUACCAUAAAUACAUGUGUGUGUUUUAGGUAUUUUAUUUUCAUCAAAUAUAAUGCAAACUUUUUAAAAAACGUUGUUUAGCAUUUACGCAGUUGUGUUUAGUUAUUUUUUCAUAUUAGAUUCGCUAAAUUGACAAGUUAUUCAUUUCUGGAAGUGCCUCAUGAUAUCAAAAUAUUGAAUACACUGACUGAGGCUAAUUUACCCCAAUAGAGGCAAAAGGUGUUGCCAAAAGUAGUGGUACGUGUAUCAAAUUAAUUGAGACACACGCGCGCGCACAUAGCCUAAAGAGAUAAAUUCAUACAAACAAAUAAACAAAAGUUUUGCCACGCCAUAUUAACAAUUUUGUAAGGGUUGUCAAAGUGGAUACCGAAUUAGUUAACAGAAAUGAUAUCUAUAGAAAGAUAUUCUCUAAAACACAAACAAAAUAAUCAGAAAAUAAAAUUUUGAUACAACGUAUUAAUAGCUUUGUAAGGAUUGACAAAUUGGAAACGGAAUUAGUUAACAGGAGUGAAAUAGAUAGAAAAAUAGUUCUAAAAAGAUAUCGCCGAGCUGAUCAUGGUUGGAGUCUCCUAAUGCCAAAUUGCCCAACUAGAAAUUCCCAAGUUGAAUGCAUGAAUAGGUGAGCUAACCGCUAGACCACUUUACUCGCUAAAACCAGCAUGU